AUGACCAAGGUUGAACAAGCCCUGAACGAAAAGGUCUUGGAACUCCAAGAUCAGAUCCAAGAAGUCAUACAGGGAAAGAAUCAAGCCCCUGAUCAUAACUUUCACUUCACUACGGAUCUGGCAUUCACCGAUGAGGUGCGAUUCGAACCUCUUCCAAAAGGGUUCAAGAUGCCGACCAUAGAACAAUAUGCAGGCACCACAGAUCUAGAGGACCACUUGGAAGCCUUCAAGUCCUUACUGUUCUUUCAGGGCGCCUCUGACGCAAUCAUGUGUAGGGCUUUUCCAUCCACUCUGAAGGGGGCGGCACGACAAUGGUUUUCACGACUUCCCCCGCGCUCUCUUUCCAAUUUUACUGACCUAGGGAGGGCCUUCUUGGCCCACUUCAUGAGCAGCAGAGUUCACAAGAAGACAGCUGCCAAUCUGCUAGCCAUAAAGCAGCACCCUGAUGAGUCAAUCAGAGGCUUUCUGACAAGAUUCAAUAAAGAAGCCUUGGAAGUACGUAACCUGGACCAGAUGGUGAAAUUCCAGGCAUUACGUAGCUGCAUUCGCGACGUUGAGUUAAAAAAGUCCUUGAUCAUGGAUGAACCAGGGGAUAUGUAUGAGUUAUUCUCACGCUGUGAGAAAUAUAUCAAUUUAGCCAAAGUUCUUGCAACAGAGAAGGAAGACAAACCCGAGAAGAAAGCCCAAGAAAAGAAGGACGAGUCAGUUCGGGAAGCUGGUUCGAAGCGCAGCUGA